GUGAUCUCAAAAUUUGAGAGCCAUGUAGGCAAAACCUGGAAACAGCUGAAACGAGAAAGGUUCAACAUUUUUUUGUCAAGUUAAAGAAGAACAACAAUGGACGACGUAUUAACUCUCAUUUUGUUAUCAUUUGCCAUGCUUGUUGGAUGUUACCUAGCUGGUAUGAUCCCGAUUGCGAUAACAUUUUCAGAGGAAAAGUUGAAGCUCAUCACAGUAUUUGGAGCAGGUCUCCUGGUUGGAACAGCUCUGGCUGUCAUCAUCCCUGAGGGGAUCCAUGCCAUGAGUGAAUCCAGUGCUGAUGCACACAGUCAUGAAGUUGUACACAGUGAAGUACCAAACAAAGAGGAAGGUGCACACACGGGGGAUGACCACGCCCACAGCCACACCCACAGUGUCUCUGACAACCACACUAUCAUAGGGGUGACACUAGUGGCAGGAUUCAUCUUCAUGUUACUGGUCGACCAGAUUGGUGGAGGACAUACACAUGUAUCUACAGAAAAAGGUACUGAUGCGGAGGCUAACGGAGCAGGGUCGGCAAUCCAACAAAACCGUCAUAAGAUUACUGCCACACUGGGUCUGGUGGUACAUGCUGCAGCUGAUGGUGUUGCUAUGGGGGCAGCUAUUAUGAUGCAGCGAUCCCACCUGACCCUGAUCGUUUUUAUAGCCAUCAUGUUACAUAAGGCACCUGCUGCGUUUGGUUUGGUCACCUUUCUAUUACAUGAUGGUUUUGAUCGCCCGAGGAUACGAAGACAUCUGUUAAUAUUUUCAGCAUCAGCUCCAAUUGCCUGUAUUUUUACCUAUGUCGGAUUAUCUGUCAGUCAGGGCAGUUUAGGAAAACUUCACAAUUUUCAAACCACAGGAAUUGCCAUGCUAUUUAGUGCUGGAACGUUUUUGUAUGUGGCGACAGUACACGUCCUGCCAGAGGUGACCACACGUCAUACCAAACAGACAAAUGCUGACAACACUGUAGUCAUUCAUGAACAGAAGGGAUUCCGGCCGAUUGACCUCGUGGCUAUAGUGUCUGGGUCGGUGAUACCCGUAUUGUUAUCCUUUGGCCAUAAACAUUAAAACCCCACUACAGAGUCGGGAAACUUAAUUGUGUGGUUUUAGUUUGAUUCCAACUGCUAAUGUUACAAAAUUUAUUUAAUUUGAUGAAGCUAUUUAUUUCAAGUCAAGCACACUUUCAAUGGUGCUGAAAUUGACUUGAUGUUGGAGCCUGCUCAGUCCUGUCUAGUGUUGUUGUCUAAAUCUGUUUUUUUUUUUUAUUGAAUAUUGGGCUAGAAAUGUUCUGAUUAGAAAUUCAAAUAUGAUAGCUUACUGAAUAUUUUAACAUAACUUCAAUUUGGUUUAGUUUUCAUCAAUCAAAUUAUUAACCAGUGGACCAAACAAACAACAAGGAAUAUAAGAUUUCAUCUUUAUAUUAUAAUGUGUACAAUGCAACAUAGUUGGAAUACGGGUUAGGGAGUUCCAUUCUAUGCCAGGGGACUGUUUUGGGUCCCUUUUUAUCGACAUAUUGACAGGGCCAGCAGGUGAAAGCAAAGAAUCAUGAGAUAGGGUUCUCAACCUCUGUAAUAAGAUUUCUAAGUUGCCAAACACUUAAGCCUCAGAUGUGGCUAGUUGAGAAUCUUUUCCCUCAGAUUUGAGUUUUCUUUAUACAUGUUACCAAAAGUGGUGAAAAAAUCUAUUGAUUUGUGUGUUAGGUACAAUGUCAUUUUUUUUUGUUAUGUAAAUCUACAUUUAUAUAUAUUUUGUUUUAAAUGAAAAUCAUUGUUUUAAACACAGGAAUUUGGCAAAAAUUUCCAGCCUACAAUCUAUAUUUAAUUUUGUAUUACAGAUAUGGACCAUAGGUUGAGGAUUUAUGACAAUCCCCUGUGUUUUUAAAUACACAUGUGAAUUUUUUAUACACAUUUCAAAAUCCAUAUCGGUCGUGUACAUCAUAAAAACAUAGAAUCCCUGGAUGUCUCAAUACUUUUUAUUCACUGUUGUUUAUCCAAUUAAACUUUCUUUCUAAAUUUUG